AUGUCUUCCAAAGAACUACAAUACGGACCCCUACCCGAAGAUGAGGCUUUAUACCUCUGGAUGCAAAAUCGAUGCUCCGUAUCCUGGCCCAAAGUACUUCCACCAGAACUGUACCAACCUCCCUCUCCGAGUCCGAGGCCAGCAUCACCCAAACAGUCUACAGUGGUGCAAAACAGCUACCUGUUGAGCUUACCGCUGGAAUGCCUCCAACAGAUCAUUCUACUUCUAGAUAUUGAGUCAGUGUUCCAAUUUAGACGGACAGCUAUCGAAUACAUGGAAAAGGGUCUGUCUGCCCUGUGCUCAUGCGAAAGGCCGUUCUGGUUACCAAACACAUUCGACUGA